AUGGCAGCCCGCCCCGUCUCCUCGCCAGUGCCUCGGCCCGCCGUCCCAGACGGGCUCUACCGCAAGGAGCGGGACCCCUCGUCGCCCUCUUCCUCCCGGCGUCGGCCGGUCCGCUCGCUGCCCGACGUGUGUCCGAAAGAGCCCACGGGCGAUGGGCGGGGCCUACGCGAGGGUCCCUCUGUGGUCUCGGAGCACGACCGCUGGACGGUUCACAGUUCCAAGGUCAACCUGCCGGCGGCCCUCAACGACCCGAGGCUGGCCAAACGCGAGUCGGACUUCUUCACCAAGACCUGGGGUUUGGAUUUUGCCGAGACGGAGGUGAUGCCGUCCUUCUGCCUCGGCAACAUCACGCAGGAGCACUUCCGCGCGUACCUUCAGGAGAGCGCGCAGAGGGAACGGAUCCACGAACGAUGCAAGACUCUUUGUCCAGUCAAAGACGACUUUACGGACGCCAUCUAUAGCGUCAACACCAACCAAGAAAAGUCGAGAGCAGAGUUGGACCAAGUUCCCAAGAUUUUCCUGAAACCCGACUUUGCCCUGGAGGAGCCGGUGACCUUUAACGCUGUCCUGCCGUGGUCGCACUUCAACGGCGGCGGCCGCAACAGCCGCGACGUGGCCUCCUCCAAACUGCUGCAAGAGAAGCUGAGUCACUACCUGGACGUGGUGGAGGUGAGCAUCGCGCGGCAGAUCUCGCAGCGCUCCGAGGCCUUCUUCCACGCCAUGUCGUCUCAGCACGAGCUGCGGGACCGCCUCAAGGAGACGCAAGAGGCGGUGGCCGUUCUACGGCGCCGCACCGCCGCCAUCGACCGCAUCAUGUGCCAGGGCCCGCUGGCGGCCCUGCGCGCCGCCCUGGCGCGCAACAACUGCGUCAAGCUACACGGCAAGCUAAAGCUAAUGGCGGCCGUGCACCAGACGCAGCCCACCGUGCAGCUGCUGCUCUCCACCUCUGAGUUUGUGGGAGCGCUGGAGCUCAUCGCCACCACCAAGGAGGUCCUGCAGCAGGAGCUGCAAGGCAUCCACAGCUUCAGACAUCUGGGCUCUCAGCUGUGCGAGCUGGAGAAGCUGAUUGACAAGAUGAUGGUGGAGGACUUCAGCAUGUACGCGCGCAGCGAGCUCAACCGCAGCCUGAGGGACGACACGCAGCUCCUGGAGAAGGAACGUCUUCAGUCGCUGGUGUUUGGCCUGCUGCGCCAGAGAAAGUUGGACUUUUUGGACAUUUACGGCGACGAGAUGAUUGCAGCGGCCAAGGCCAUCGUGUCCCAGUGCGUCGCCGAGCGGCUCCUGUCCAUCGAUGACAUCGACACAGAAGUCGUCACCAAGUUGGCCGAGCAGAUGCGUCUGAUGACCUUCCCUCAGUGGUUUGAGUUCCUCAAGGACGUCUUUGAGUGCUUCCUGCUUUUCCUCCACAGGAUGAAGGCCACGCUCGGCGUGAUCCGCUCGGUGGUCUUAGAGGUUCUGGAAUCCGCUCGAAAGAAUUCCGAGAAGUCCCACCCGGCACAGCUUCGGUCUCACGAGGCGGCCGGCACGUUCGGGGACGUCGCCGAGUUGGCCUACCUCACGCACGACGGCCCCUUUAUCAGCGACGCCCUCCACGGCGCCCAGCAAGCCGGAGCGCCGACUCCGCCGGGGACGCCGGACGCUGACUCAGCAUCUGGAGAGCAGAACUUCAUGUACAACAGUGCCGGCGACACGAUGCCGUCCGACUUGGAGCUGAACCGCGUGCUCAACAGCAUCCAGGAGCUUCUGCACGCCGCCUCCGACAUCAGCCACGACCGCUGCGUCAAGAUCCUCACCGCCAGAGCCAAGGACGGUAGUCUGGAGCGCAUCAGCUCGGCCGAGUUUGUGGACCUCUCGGUGGCGGUGGAGUCCUUCGCCAAGGACACGGAGGAGCUGUGCGGCAGGCGCAGCGUGUCCCUGCGGGGGGCGCUGCAGAGUCAGGCCGACCGCUUCGUCCACCGCUUCCACGAGGAGCGCAAGAACAAACUCAGUCUCCUGCUGGAUAACGAGCGUUGGAAACAGGCGGAGGUUCCUGCCGAGUUUCAGGAGCUGGUCGACUCCAUGGCGGACGGCACCAUUGCGCUCGCCGUGCGCAAAGCAGCAGGUACGUGCACUUUGGAACGGGACCGUUCAAAGGUAAGCUUUGUAACGCCGUUUCACCACAUGGCAGGUCCAGAUGAGAGGAAGCCGGGCGACUUCCUGCUGGUGAAGGGCCACAAGUACGCCGUGGUGGGGACGGUGCUGCUCCUCAUCCGGAUCUUUCUGGAAUACUGCCAGUGCGUCAACGACAUCCCGGCCAUCGCCACCGACAUGUUGAUGCGGCUGGCUGACCUCCUCAAGCACUUCAACUCUCGCAGUUGUCAGCUGGUUCUCGGUGCAGGAGCUCUGCAGGUGGUCGGCCUCAAGACCAUCACCACCAAAAACCUCGCGUUAGCCUCACGCUGCCUGCAGCUGGUGGUGUUCUACAUUCCUGUCAUACGGCAACAUUUUGAGAGCAAACUUCAGCCCAAACACUUGAACGUCCUCAGACACUUUGACCACAUCAUCAAGGACUAUAACGACCACGUGUCCGAAAUCUGGGCCAAGCUGGUGGCCAUCAUGGACAGCGUGUUUGAGAAGGUGCUGACCAAGUACGAGGUGAAGGCCCCCAUGCCGUCGGCGUGUUUCCGUAACGUGUGCAAGCAGAUGGUCAAGAUGCACGAGGCCAUCAACGACCUCCUGCCCGCCGAGCAGACGCAGAUGCUGUUUGUCCGGAUCAACAGCAGCCUGAAGAUGAACCUGAAGAGGCAGCUGACUCGACUCGGCGUGGUCAACGACGGCGGGCCGCAGCACGGGCUGGUGGUGGUGGACGUGGCCUUCUACACGGAGAACGUGCAGGCCCUCAAGAACCUGGAGACUUUGGACCUCAACAUGGCCGAGAUCUGGGAGCAGAAGAGGUGACCCUCCGCUGACGCCGCCGACAGCAACGUUAUCGGAAACGAGACGGCGGACGAUCGGCGGGACCGGAUCGCCACGGAAAGCCAUCGGGACGCUUCGUGGAUGCGCGGGAGCUCAACGUCUCGCGGGCUCUUCGCCAGCAAGACAACCAAGCGCCACGAGUUCAGCCACUGUCUUACUAGCAACGUUAUUGCUCCACUACAAAUGUCACUUUUGGCCCACUCGUACGCAAAACUAGUCCAAGGAUCCAAUAUCCUACACACUUGUCCUCACUCGUAGGACUUUACUAGCAAGCCAAAGCUGACAACUACUUAUGAAGUGAAAUUUUAGAAUCGGACCAGUUGAGACCAGUCAAAAAGGAUUGGUUCAUACAUAAACACACACACACACACAGACACACAACCCGAAGAAGCUGUGGACCAAACUGUGACUUCUCCUUAAGUGCAAUGCGGCAUCUCAGGACACCUGGGACGUUCCUUUUCACAAGUUGUACAUUAAAUUGUUUUUCUCUUCAAA